AUGUUAGUUGAUGCAGUUUCAGGGAACCUAAUUACACAAGGCCCGUUAUCUAAGAAAAAGGUUAAGAUUGUUGUUCUUCAUGGCGAUUUCAAGGCAGAGCAACUAGAGAUAUGGACAAAGACUCAGUUUUGUAAUCAUAUAAUCGAAAAAAGAAAUCCUCAAAAAAGGCCAUUGUUAAUCGGUGAAUGUUUUGUGGGUGCUAAGAUUGAAGGAGAAGAAGAUAAUAUAACAGAAGCAGUCAGUAAUCCUUUCCAUGUUAAGGACCGUCGUGGAGAAUCUUAUCAGAAAAGUAAAAAUCCAUCCCCUGACGAUGAAGUAUGGCGUUUGAUUGGGAUUGCGAAAAACGGGAAGAUAUGCCAAAGACUGGAACAAAAUGAAAUUUUCAAAGUGAAGGAUUUGAUCACAUAUCAGAAUAAUGAAAUUGAACUCAGCAAAAUCAUUAAAGUCUCACCAAGAAAGUGCAAGGGAAUAAUUAAACAGGCUGCUGUCGGUUUCUUGUCAAACGUCAAUUCAGAGCGAAACUCCAAUCCAAGCUCGAACAUACAACAAGUUUAUUUCAAUGAUCAAGAACAAAUUCAAAUGUCACAGGUCUAUGGAGGGAACAACUCCAACUCCAUUGCUACCAACCUUUGUUUUCUUGAAGACCUACAAGCAGGAUCAUCUGCUAAUAUCCCCUUUUAUGGCCAAGAUUACUCAGUGCCACUAUAUUCCGCCCCCACACCUUUUUCUUCAGUUCAAACAAUGGCUGAACAAGACACCAACUUUACAGUGGAUUCUAACAGUGAUCCAAGCAUAGGUUUUCUGCCCUCAAUUCCUGGUGUGGGUGCUACUGUUUCUAUGACAUCAGUUCCUCUAAAUGACCUCGGAAAUGUUUUCCAAAAGGAUAUUGAUUAGUGCUUAAAGGCUGAAGGUAUCAUAUAUUGUAAAUUUUGAUUUCCUCAGGCAUAUAAUAAUGAAACUCUCGUUUGUCCAAAUAUUAAUGUCAUCAAACGUAUAUUAUUAGUGUAACAUUGACUAUCAAGUCUACCACCAUAAGUGUAAAUGUGUAAUAUGGAUAAACUUCGUCUCCCCGGUUGAUAAAUAGCUGGAUGACAUGCAUUGAGGUGGAAUAAUAUUGUAUGCUACUUCCUUUGUGCUGUUUUGUUGCAAAGUUUACAUGGGCACAGAAAUUAAGAAAAGGUGGACACAACAUAUAAAAGAUAAUUCUACCAUUCAUUUUAAUUCUAAUUUGAACAGAAAAAAAAGAAAAACAGCUUUUAUACUUGCUUAAAAAAGGUGGGCACAUGUGUAAUUAUACACCCUAAAACAAAUUUUAAUUUAACUUGCUUACAAAAAGGGAAAUCUUUUUUAUUUCACAAUGAUUUUCCCCGUAUAAUAUGAUUUCCCCAUCAAAAUUACAAAUUUCCACCAAAAAAUCAAAAUGUUCAAUUCAUUACAAUAAAGAAAAUCAUAAUGCCAAGAAGAUGGAUGAAAUUCAAGGCCAAGAAGACGAAUUCAUCAAUCUUGAUAUUUAGGUAUGUAUUUUUAACUUUGAAAACCUCAAUAUAGAUUCUAAAUUUGACAUUUAUGAAGAGUACACAAGUGAAAAUUAUGGAAACAUAGAUGUUGGCCUUUUAAGGUUUUGAUGAUGACUUCACUUUUAAAUAAACAAACAUAUUUUUAGAGAUUGUUUUGUAGGUAUAUAUCCGAUUUAGUUUGAAUCGUUGAUGAAGCCUAUGACUUGGUUCGUGGAAGAUGUACAUGUCUUAAUAUGUCCAAGAUAUUAGAUAAGUGUUAUAAUGUUCAAAGUAGACGUACAGUCUACUGUUCCUAAAAUGAACAUUCUGACUGAAGUUGAAGCUGGAGACAGUACGCUGUUCCUACGUAGCAAGUCUGGAGAAUAACAUCGACUGGAAAAUUGCGAAUUAAUUAUUUUCUGUUUUUAAGUUCAUGUAAUGGUUUUGAAUUAAUUUAAUUGCUUAAAUUAAUUAGUAAGUUAAUUGGCUAAUCUAUUUUUAGGUUUUCUAAAAAUAGCCCAAGACUUUUUCUUAAUUAGAUUUAGAUCUCCUAUUUUUUAGGAUCUUAUGUUUUUAACUCCUAUGCUAUUUUUAGCAUAAGGAAACUGAUUUUCUCUUUGAGCAAAUGACAGCCGAUCAUUUAUUCUUGUGGUAAUUUCACUAUCCGUUUGUUUUAAGAACGUGGAUGAUAGUGGGAGGUGUGCCUGAGGUAACUGAUGUCUGUUCCCUGUAUAAAUAAGAGGAACUUUGCUCAAACCGUGUAUCCAUCCAAGAGGAUCCAAGAGUGUCCAUUAAAGGGAGAUCAUUUUAAGAAAAAUAUUUUCAGUUUUCCAAUGCCAAUUAAUUUAUUAUAUUUUUCUUAAGUAAUUAUUUUAAUUUUUAUCCUCUUGAGAAAUGGCCUUGUAAGGGUUAAUGAGUGUUUUCUUGUAAUUAGACUUGUGGGAAGUCUA